AAUGUUCUUGCUUCUUUGGGAACCUUGAUCCCUCUGCUUCUCUCAGAAGGAGUCAGCUGCCAUCUUGGCUCACUCUCUGCCUGAACGAAUGUCCACAACAACAUGUGACCGGGUGUCCUCAAACAAGAAGAAUCUUGCCAGGCCUCUCUGCUGAUUUGUUUUUAUACAUCUCUGUCUUUGCCUGAUCAGGACUAUGGCGACCCAGGAAGCUGCUCCAGGAAGCCAGUCAGAGGAGAGCAACGCUUUGGACUUGGCGUCCAUCAACGACAUAAAAGAUUAUGCUCUGCAGAGACCCCACCAGGAGGCAGACAGCGAGGCACUGAGCUCUGUGGAAACCCUUUCUCUUCCUUGCUCUUCUGAUGUGGAUUCAGACACCAGUAACCUAAAUACUGAACAAAAUGAUUCCUGGACCUCUGAGAACUUCUGGCUUGACCCUUGUGUAAAGGGUCAGACGGAGACCACGACAGAGGACGAUGGGCUUCGGAAAUCCCUGGAUAGGUUCUAUGAAAUGUUUGGCCAUCCCCAGCCAGCCGCUAGAAAUCCACUCUCUGCUUCGGUCUGCCAGUGCCUGACUCAGAAAAUCAAUGAACUGAAGGGCCAAGAGAACCAAAAGUAUGCCCUUCGCAGUUUCCAGAUGGCCCGGGUCAUCUUCAACCGGGAUGGCUGCGCGGUCUUACGUAGGCAUUCCAAGGACGCCCACUUCUACCCACAGGGAGAAGGAAGUGUGUCUCUGGAUGAUGAAAAGCCAACCCCGGGACUUUCAAAAGAUGUCAUUCGUUUCCUCUUGCGGCAGAACGUGAUGAAAGCUCUCUAAGACGCCCCCAGUGGUAAGGGCAGGCAGCGUGGAGGAUGGCCCUGUGGCCUGUGCUGUCAGUGCCUCCCCCACAGCUCCUCCGGCCUCUCUGGCCAGUCCUGUGGCUCCAGCCCCCCGCCCCCCAUGAGCCAGCAGUGUUUGUGGGUUGGAGAGCCUCUCUGUUCACACCACCUCUCACCCCACCCCACCCUUUGACUUAAGGCCCAGACUGUCUGGCUGGGGAGCCCAAAAGCACAGCUUCCUUGCCCCAAGGAAGGAAGGACAUGAUCUGCGGCAUAACAACUCUCCAGAGCUCCCUUCGGGAUCAAACCAAGACUUGGGUUUCCCGGGAAAUCACGCCUUGCUCAGCCUCUUCUGUCUCCCUGUCCUCCUUCUCCCGUUCACCUACUGGUGUCUCCUGGGAACCUUUCCUUAAUAAAGCUCUUGCACCUGAAUCCUUGACUCGGAGUCUACUUCUGGGAGAACCCAACCCGAGAGAACAGGGUUUUUUAUUAGAUGUGGGUUUUUUUGAAGGCUUUAAAGCUCUGCACGGAAUGAAGUACAGGAAUCAGACCAAGCUGUAAAACAGAGGCCAUGUGAUUGAGAUUGUAUUUCCCAAAAUAAUAUAAAGAUUUAAAUACAGUUUAAGAUGGAUCACAUGUUAAUCAUAAUGUUGUCUCUCCAAAGCCAGAGUUCCCGGUUUUAUAAUAUGAACGGGGUGUGGAAGGAGCAUUUGGACCCUCUA